ACAGUUCAAUGGGGGGAGCAAGAUGAUUACGAGGUGGUGAGGAAGGUAGGGAGGGGAAAAUAUAGCGAAGUAUUUGAGGGGGUGCACACCACCAACCAUGAGAAAUGCAUAAUCAAAAUCCUUAAACCUGUAAAGAAGAAAAAGAUUAAGAGGGAGAUUAAAAUAUUACAGAAUCUUUGCGGUGGGCCUAAUAUUGUGAAGUUGCUCGAUAUUGUCAGAGAUCAGCAGUCAAAGACUCCAAGUCUUAUAUUUGAAUAUGUGAACAAUACAGAUUUUAAAGUGCUUUAUCCUACACUUUCCGACUUCGAUAUUAGAUAUUACAUCUAUGAACUUCUCAAGGCUUUAGAUUACUGUCAUUCUCAAGGUAUCAUGCAUCGGGACGUGAAACCUCAUAAUGUCAUGAUUGAUCACGAGCAGAGGAAACUUCGGCUUAUAGAUUGGGGACUUGCGGAGUUUUACCAUCCUGGUAAAGAGUACAACGUUCGUGUUGCUUCUAGGUAUUUUAAGGGCCCUGAACUUCUCGUUGAUUUGCAAGACUAUGAUUACUCCUUGGACUUGUGGAGCCUCGGUUGUAUGUUUGCUGGAAUGAUUUUUCGUAAGGAGCCUUUCUUUUACGGGCAUGACAAUUAUGAUCAACUCGUCAAGAUUGCCAAGGUGUUGGGAACAGACGAGUUGAAUGUUUAUCUUAACAAGUACCGGUUGGAAUUGGACCCACAUCUUGCUGCUCUGGUUGAAAGGCAUAGCAGAAAACCAUGGACAAAGUUUAUUAAUGCCGAUAAUCAGCAUUUGGCUGUUCCAGAGGGUAUUGAUUUUGUUGACAAACUGUUGCGAUAUGAUCAUCAAGAGAGGCCAACUGCGAAAGAAGCAAUGGCUCAUCCCUAUUUCUACCCGAUAAGGAAUGCAGAAAGUAGCAGAACUCGUGCACAUUAAGAGCGAGCACAGGAUGCCAUUAGAGUCAUGGUGUCUCCUUGUUCUUGAAGCAUAUGUCCAAUGCUUACAUUGAUGAUUGAUGCAAUUAAUUGAGCUCACCAUUAUUUAUUGUUAACCGUUUGGUUCAUGCAUUUUAGCCUAUUCCAACUCCAAUUUUCUUCAGCGUUUGGUUUGUGUGGUCUCUUAAAAAUAAGACGGUUUUUUUUUUCUUGGUCGAUAAUUAGCACUGUUGUGCUUAUUUCAUCCUUAAAAUACGUAGUAUGGAUGGAAGGUGUGCUUGUUUUGAAACCCAUGUAUGCCUAUUUAUCUGCUUGCGCAUCAGUGUUAUGAUUUAAGCUGUGCAUUGGAACCUCUCUGAAAGAAGCUGUGCCAUUAAAGUUAUCCCUUGAGAGAAUCUUUGCAAGUGGGAUGAGCA